AUGCAGAUUUCCUCCUUGUUGGGUACUAAGCGUCUUCGGGAGGAUCAAAGCUUAUGCGAAAGAUCCGUGGCGUGUCGCGUCACCGCUCUGCUGCGGUGCAGAGUGCCUUGUGUCGUGGAGAGAGACACGACGGUGAGAAGCGCCUCGUUAUCUGUAAGUAGAUAUUCCGUUUGCCCCGUGGUAGACAAAGGCGGGUUCUUUUUAUCCGGUGCCUCGGUUUCUUCCAGUGGACCUGUCCUAUCGCCGGCAGAGAGCCGUUCGCUUGGGUCCAAAGACAACGUCUGCCAGCUGCUCACAGUCAUUGCCUCUUCACAGGAUGCGAGCACAGCCUCACCCCCGCAUGGUCAGGUUGAGGUUGAUGUCACGAGGGGUGACACAGGUAGGCAUUAUCGUUUUAUGUUUUAUGUGCCGAUCCCGGACCCCCCCGGUAGUGCUGGGAAAGAAACAACAACAAAUGUAGCGUAUCGCAAUGCUGUCUUACGCGCAUUACUUAACCAAGUGAGUGUAGAGGCGGCUUUGGCGGUAAAUCGUGCAUGGGUUGUUGUUUACCAUGGAAAGAACGUCCUGUCUGGCCCCGGGGCAGAGCUGCUUAUGUCAGCACUGCUUUCCGAGUCCCGCCAACGCAUUUCGCUUGCAUUGUUUUACGGCGUGGUGACAGGGUGA